AGACUCCGGUCCAAACAUCGACAAAUAGGGGACAGCUCAGGUGUUCAUUAGAACUGAGACGAUUGCUGUCCUCUCACGGCCUCCUCCCUCGUUAGCCAUGGAAAACGGCUGGGAAAAUUUUCAAGAGGCAGAUGAAUCUGGCCACCCGCACUGUCUCAGACUUUUGGAAGUCGUUCUGCUCCACCGUUCACCGUCAACCGAUCUUGGUUUCAACAACCCACCUAUAGCCAAUCGUUCGCUUAUACGUCGAUACCGAACAUCGUUGGCAAUCAAGACCCGUCGUAUACUUUGUCUUCCUCGUCCUCUCGUGUUGCAAGUAGGGAAUUAGCACAUUCUGUGUAUUGGGAUAGCCCUCCAGUUCAUCCUCCCCGACGACCGUUGCAAAGUCCUUCCCCUCCUGGAAUGGACACCGGUCCUGGCGCGGGAACGAGUGCGGGAUACUCCCCUUUGUCCACUUCAAGUACAUUGCCCGUCACCAGCAGCUCUACGUAUUCUCCUGUGACAUACCCUUCUCUUCCUCAACCCCCACCCCCCUCUGCCGACAACCUACUGAGUGACCCAUCGUCUGUUUCACCUUAUUGGACGCAUCCGGCUCCUCUUAGAGUGUUUGAUGAACGACGCCAACAGUAUCCUUCCACUUAUCACGAGCGACGGGGUGAAAGCACAUAUAGACCUUCAUGGUCUUCUACUCCUUCUGGUCCGCGGCCACCACCACCCGUGUUACAGCAUAAAGUGUACAAAAUACAUUGUGCAUCGUGUGAUACGUUUCUUUCCGAUCGUGGUAUGAAGGCUGUUCUUUUGUUGCGACCGAAUAUCAGUUUGUAUAGCACGGAUGCUCUACCGGUCAACUGUAGCACACCGCCUCGUUCAUCAGCCCCUUCGUCUUCCGAACCACCUGUUCCACGAACAUGCGAAUGUCUCACACAGUCUCUGUGCUGUCAUGGAUGUGGGAAUCCCAUUGGAUAUGCUAUUGUCAUGCCUUCACCUUGCCAGUGUUCCAAGUGUUCUUCUUCUGUGACGCGGCAUCAGAACACCGCGAAUGGUCACCGGUUUGUCUUCCACCAAAGUGAAGUUUCUGCCAGUGAACGACUGUACGUCAAGGGCGAACCCGGCGUUAUCCCAUAUCAUGUUUCGCACCCUAGUACACAUCAUUCUCUCCCUCGUGUCUUAGUCCACCAUAUGGACAGUAUGAACACUGAUUCGACACCCAUAUACGACCCCCUUCUAGACUCGGAUGAUGACGAUGACAGAGAUGAGGACGGAGAAUACAAGCACCCUUCCCCUGUCUCGUCUCCUGAUCAUCCAGAGGCUCGUAUAGGAGGUAAUCCUGGAAUGCACGCUCAUCCUCUUCAUCCGAGACCCAGAUGUUCCCGACGUGGACGGCGCUUGAAACCUGGAGAAGUUAUUUGGUGGCAUAACCUCGCACGAUCGGGCGAUUUACCGGGUGUGGAUCCACAUGGCGCCGAGGAAGACGUCAAUGUGAGAAUGAUGAGGCUUAGGAGGAGUAUGAAGUGUAUGAGAUGAAGUCCGGGUGUUACGACCCUCGGGCCCCAAAUUCAAGUUGUUAUCAAGAAAUACUGAAUUGUUGUACAACUUCGAAGUGAAACGCAGAACACAAGAACAAUGGCAAACCUUCACGUAUCCCAUUAGUGCACACCUUUUAUUACAAUCGUUCUCGUCCUAGUGACCCUUGAUCACCGCAUUUGCGCCAGCAAGUUCUCCAACGCAUCAUCACCAGUCAUUACCUUGGUAUUUUAACGCCCCAUCUAUCC